AUGUUUUCUCCACUUCUGUGUUGCCUCAUCUUCCUCUUUCCCCUCUUUUCACUGGCCUAUGAAGACCCUAGUGGGAAUUCCUGUGAUGGAACCACUUACUACGCCCCUAAUUCGACCUUCUCUUCCAAUCUAGACACAGCUCUCCAGACUCUUCAGAACACUACUGCCUCCAGCGGUUUCGCCACCACGACCUCCGGCAGCAUUAAUCAGACAGUGACAGCCCUCGCCCUGUGUCGUGCCACCAUAAACCCAUCAGAUUGCCAGCUAUGCAUCGAUGUUGCCACAUCGGGCAUUCGCAAUGUCUGUCCCAAUGGAACAGCGGCUCAGGUGUGGUACACCCUCUGCAUGCUGCGGUACUCCCACCGAAACUUUGUGAACAAGACCGACUACACCCUCAUCUUCAGCCUGGCUGGUACGUUCACUGUUCCUGAUCCUGAUAUUUAUGAUGCGAAGGUGCGGAGGUUAAUGCAGAAUCUAUCGUCCACUGCCGGUGCAUCUGAGAAGAGAUAUGCAGUGGGAAGAACAACAGCACCAGAAAACCUCACCCUCUAUGGCUAUGUUGAUUGCACCCGUGACAUCGAUGGAGAUGGUUUUGGAACAGUUGUUUUGGCAGUUCUGGUACUGUGUGCUGUGAAGUGGAGAAAAAGAGAUGAAGUGGAGACCGGAGGCUCUAAAAUUGUAGAAGAAGAAAAUGAGGAAAUGAGUGAGGGAAUUGGCACGAGAUCUUUCAUGUAUGAUUUGGAAGUUCUGGUUGCUGCAACUGGUAAUUUUUGUUUGGCAAAUCGGCUGGGUGCUGGUGGGUUUGGGACUGUUUAUAAGGGAAUGAUGGCAAAUGGUGAAGAAAUAGCAGUGAAGAAGCUGGUACCUGGUUCGACACAAGGCAUAGAAGAAUUCUCCAAUGAAGUCAGACUAUUAUUGAAGUUGCAACACAGAAAUCUUGUACGGCUGUUUGGGUGCUGUGUUGAAGGAGAAAAUAGGCUGUUAGUUUACGAAUACCUACAGAACAAGAGUCUUGACCACUUCAUCUUUGAUAAGAGCAAGAGUGCAUUGCUAGACUGGCCAAAGCGUUAUAACGUCAUAAUAGGUGUGGCACGGGGGCUUCUUUACCUUCAUGAAGACUCACAACUUAAAAUCAUACAUAGAGAUAUCAAAGCAAGCAACAUCUUACUCGAUGAAUUGAUGAAUCCAAAAAUAUCGGAUUUUGGUCUGGCAAAGCUAUUUAAGGAUGAACAAACCCAUCAUAGAACACGACGGAUUGUGGGAACAUUUGGUUAUAUGGCUCCAGAAUAUGCAACCAGAGGCUUCAUGUCUUCCAAGAUUGAUGUCUUUAGCUUUGGUGUGUUGAUAUUAGAAAUCAUAAGUGGAAGAAGGAAUUAUGACAUGGAAUUUGAUGAGCAAGACUGGGAGCUCCUGAAACUUGCAUGGAGACUAGAAGAAGAAGGGCAGCUAACAGAUUUGGUAGAUGUCACUAUUGGUUCUUUCCCUCAAGAUCAAGUAUUAAAAUGCAUUCGCAUUGGGUUAUUAUGCUGCCAACAAUCUAUACGAGAUCGGCCAACCAUGUCUUCUACAGUUUUAAUGCUCUCAAAUGAUUCAGUAACAAUGCCAAUUGAAGGAACACAUGGCUACCAGAAUAUACGUGACCCUGUUGAUCCACACAACAACAUCAAUGCUCCUACAAACCCUGAAAAUGAGUCUUUCUCUAAGAAUUCUAUUACUUUUUCAUCAGCAAAUGGUAGAUAA